CAUAACCUCACAUAAUGUCACAUAACCUAUAUAUUUUACCAAAGACAGUUUUGUUUGGCAAAUUUAAUUCUACGCAAUAUUCUAGAUUGUUGUUAUUUCACAUACGCAGUUGUUAUUGAGUUGUACUUAGUCAAUUAUGGAUUAUGGUUUUCUACUGCGUUCAUCGAUUCAGUGAUUUUUAAAAUUAAGUUACAUAAUUAUUAUUAUUGUUUGAAAUUGAAAUUUAUUGCGACAGAAAAUGGCUCGAAGAGAACGAAGUGUACUCGGUAUGAUUUUAAGAGAUUUUAUUUCAUCAAUCACAUCAAAAGCGGGAAAACCGAAGCUAAUGGGGGAAGAUUUUUACGGAACAAAAUAUUAUGAAACACCUCCAAGAACUGGAUCAUCUAGAAAAGCCGCGCGACAUUUUGAACCAGUUAAUAAAGAUGAUGGUGAACAAGAAUUACCUGCCGAAUGGGAAGCUUGGUUACGUUAUCGUCGACGAGAGGUGCCAACAAAAGAGGAAAUUGAAGAAAAUUAUAAAAUAAUUUUAAUGAAACGCGAAAAUGCAGCAAAACUUGCAGAAAAAUAUGGAGGAACAGAAAUUCAAAAGAUAGGUCCACCAGAAACUCCCGGAAAUUUUCCAGUGUAUGAAGAAUAUCAAUCUACGGUAAAAAAGAAGUAGUCUGAAUUUUGUAAUAUAAAUUAAUAAGACUUUACAUUCGUUCAAAAAAAUUGUAUUUGUCAUUAAUUACGAUGUACAGUUACACGAUGUAUAUAUAUAUAUAUACGUUGGAAUUUCGUAUUAUGAUAAUUGUACAUAUCAUUAUUUUUUUAAUUUACACAAAUUUACUGAAUUUGUGUAAAUUAAAUAAAUUUACACCGUAAACAUAUCACUUUUUUUAAAAAAUAAUAUCAAUCGAUAUCUCUUGACGGUAUAAAUAUUCUCAAAAAUCGCAACAUUUUCAAUCGUAUUUCAGAAUUUCCACUGAAACUAAAAGACUAUGCUACUUCAGCAAAAAAAAAAAAAAAUUAAAA